AUGUCGUCUAUUUAUAUGGAAGAAAGAGCUGAUGAUGACUGUGAUCAUGAGUAUAAGCUUUUAGAAGAGAAUUCAGUGUCGAUUGCUGGUAAAAAGAGACGUUUAGAUCAAUGCCCUAAAGAUCAAGAGACUAGACUUAAAAGACUUUCAAAUGCAAUUCGUAUUAUGCUUGAAUGUCUUGGUGAAGAUCCUACUCGAGAAGGGUUAAAAAAAACACCUGAAAGAUAUGCAAAAGCAAUGCUUUUUUUCACAAAAGGUUAUGAAGAGAAUAUGAUGGAUAUUGUAAAUGGUGCAAUUUUUGCCGAAGAUCAUGAUGAAAUGGUAAUUGUUCGAGAUAUUGAUUUUUUUUCCAUGUGUGAGCACCAUCUUGUUCCUUUUACUGGAAAAAUUUCAGUCGGAUAUAUUCCAAAUAAGAAAGUAAUUGGUCUUUCUAAAAUUGUACGUCUUACAGAAAUGUUUUCACGUCGUUUACAACUUCAAGAAAGGUUAACAAAGCAAAUCGCAGUUGCUCUUUUUGAGAUGUUAAAACCAAGAGGUGUUGGUGUUAUUAUUGAGGCAAGCCAUUUAUGUAUGAUUAUGAGAGGUGUUCAAAAACCAGGAAGUAUCACCAUUACAAGUCAUAUGCUCGGUGCAUUUAGAGAAGCAUCUAAAACAAGAAAAGAAUUCUUGACAUUAAUUUCUAAAAAAUAG